GACACACAAAAGUUAAAGUUCCAGUCUUUGUAUUGGAGACUGGAAACAUAAUUAACUUGCUUAGGGUGUUUAUACCCCCACCCCCCACCUUCCCUCAUUCUCUUCCCUUCAUCACUUGUCAUUCUUCCCAAAGAAAAUUAAAAAAAAAAAAAAAGGAAAAAUUAACAUAUUCUUGCAUGUCUUGGUCACAUCCCCACCCCACAUGGACAAAACUCUAAAGAUUCACAAACAUAGUAAUUUCUAUGUUUUCUUUCUUUCUUUUUUUUUUGUCUAUUACUUAAUGCCUAGAAGUUAUACAUUUGUCAGAAUAUAAAACUAAGGGUAGAGCAUAGAACUUGAAGAGAGGCAAAAACCAAGAGAGGGUUUCAAUUCUUUGCAUUGGGAAUGGUGAGAGAGUGCAAUGAGCUUCCUUAGAGAGAGAGAGAGGUCACAGUGGCUUUGGUGCAUGGAUUUGAGGUUUGCAAAUUCUGAGAAGAUUAGGUGCUCUUUGGAUCACAGAAGAAGACAACGUCGAUGCACACAAAAACAAACAACUCAUGUGUUAGAAGAAACAAGACCCACAAAUUCCUCAGAGAUGGCUUCUAGUUGCUGCUGGAAGAUCUCCCCAAUCAUUUCAGCUUUUGUUUUCUUCCUGUUCUUUUUCUCCUCCGUUUGUCCAGUUCUAUCAGUCAAUUUUAAUGCCACCAAACAGAACUUCCGGCCCGGGGAUCAUAUGUCCAAGAAAUUGAAGUACAUCAGAGCCCAUCUCAUGAAAAUCAAUAAGCCUGCUGUCAAGACAAUCCAGAGCCCUGAUGGUGAUAUCAUAGAUUGUGUUUUAUCUCAUCAACAGCCAGCUUUUGAUCAUCCUGAAUUAAGAGGGCAAAAGCCAUUGGAUCCACCUGAAAAGCCAAAAGGGCACAUAUCAACGACAGGCAUGUUUGAAGAAAAUUUUCAGGCAUGGAGCAUGUCGGGAGAAUUCUGCCGGGAAGGCACGAUUCCCAUGAGAAGAACAAGUGAGGAAGACGUUCUGAGAGCAAGUUCUGUCCGAAGAUUUGGACGCAAGAUAAGAAGGCCUAUCAGAAGGGACUCUUCCAGCAAUGGCCAUGAGCAUGCGGUGGGGUAUGUGAGCGGAGAAGAGUAUUACGGAGCAAAAGCAAGCAUAAAUGUGUGGGCUCCUCGAGUUGCAAACCGCUAUGAAUUCAGCUUAUCACAAAUGUGGGUAAUAGCUGGUUCCUUUGGCGAUGAUCUCAACACCAUCGAAGCUGGUUGGCAGGUUAGCCCGGAGCUUUAUGGGGACAACUAUCCUAGGUUCUUCACGUACUGGACUAGUGAUGCGUACCAAGCGACAGGCUGUUACAAUUUGUUGUGCUCGGGCUUUGUUCAGACCAACAAUAGAAUAGCAAUUGGGGCUGCAAUUUCACCAACUUCAUCCUACAACGGUGGUCAGUUCGACAUCAGCUUAUUAGUGUGGAAGGAUCCAAAGCAUGGGAAUUGGUGGCUGGAGUUUGGAAAUGGGGUUUUAGUAGGUUACUGGCCAUCCUUUUUAUUUACACAUCUUAGAAAUCGUGCGAGUAUGGUACAAUUUGGGGGAGAAAUUGUUAAUAGUCGAGUAUCAGGAUCCCACACCUCCACCCAAAUGGGCAGUGGACAUUUUGCUGGAGAAGGGUUCGGAAAAGCGUCUUAUUUUCGGAACCUGCAAGUGGUUGAUUGGGAUAACAGCUUAAUCCCUUUAUCAAAUCUUCGAGUUUUGGCUGAUCAUCCAAAUUGCUAUGAUAUACAAGGCGGGAUUAAUAGAGUUUGGGGUAAUUAUUUUUACUACGGAGGACCUGGAAGAAAUUCCAGGUGUUCUUGAUUUUUCUUUCAAUUCUUUUGAUUUUUCUUUCCAUCUAACAACCCAUCCAUUCAUUAUACUACCUUUACCUUUACCUUUAGGGGCAUUGUAAAUUGGGAAUUGGAAAUAGUGAAUAUAC